GCGCGCCAAGUCCGCAUGUGCCACCUGGUAGCGCUCUGGGGAAGAUCCCGGGCGCAGAGUUUCCUUCCCGGGUGCCUCCGGGGCCCAAGGCCAGCCGGCAUCCUCGUGUCUGCAGGCCCGGGGCCGGCGACGGCUGUUCCUUCCAUUCGGCCGCGGCCCGAUGGAAGAGCCUCCCGGGAAACCUCUCAGCUAUGAAGAAAAGGAAAAGUUGAAGGAAAAGUUAGCAUUCUUGAAAAGGGAAUACAGCAAGACGCUGGCCCGCCUCCAGCGUGCCCAAAGAGCUGAGAAGGUUAAGAAUUCUGUUAAGAAAACAGCAGAAGAACAUGAUUGCUUGUUCCAGCAGGACAUUUCACCACAGCUAAACCACUCAGAAUCUAAAAAUAAUGUAUCUCCUUGUGAGACAUUACAAAUCAGCACCCAUCUGGAUGAAGAAACUGGAGAAAAGACACCUAUCACACUUGACAUUGAGCCUGAGUCCUUCAACCUUGGACAUGGCCCCGUGGAAAGAUUACAUAUACAAAGUGAUAUCCAAGAACAUUUUCCCUACCAGGUCAGUGGUCCUAGUGGUGAGAAAAGGCAGAGUAAGUUGCCAAAGAGAAGAAAGCAGCAGCAGAGAACAUUUACUUCACAGGCGAGAGAAUCUUUCUUUGACAUGGAUUCACUCAUACUCUCUGGAAAAAGACUAAAGGAACUGGAAGAAAUCAAUAGAGAGAAUCCUAGAACACCUGUAACUGGAAGAACUUCCCUUUCACGUUCUACGUGUGACAUUCUGGAUUCUCCAGCACCAGUGACAGAAACUAACGUAAGGGGUGUAUUAACUCCACCAACUACCAAACCACAAAGAGUUGUUGAUGCACUCGUAAGAGGAAAUCAUUUCCCCACAGUGUCUACACUUGCUUCAUUUACUCCAUCAAAUAACAGUAGUGGUCAGCACCUUGAACAUAAGCCUCCUAAAGGCGACUGUGAACUCAUUACUCAUGGUUUAAAAAACAUUAUCCCUGCUUCACCUGUAAACCUGGAGGCACAAGACCAAAAAAUGACUGUCUCUACAGAUAACCCAGAGGUAAAUAAAGCUGUAAGUGCAAGUGGCCAGCUGCCUAGAAGUCCUGACUUAGAGACAGAUAAUUUGUGCUCUGUGAAUGAAUUCGCUUACAAUAACUUAUCAGCAAAUGGAAACCAAAAUUUAAAAGGACAGAAUCACACAGAGGAGUGUUUAAAAUCUCCCCAUAACACUCUUGAUGAUAGAAAUGAAAGUCCUCAGGAAAAAGAGGUUGUAAGUCAAUCUAAGAGUCUUAGCCCAGAAGUAAUCUCUCCUGCUUCUGCAGAAAAUCAAACACAUUCUUGCACAAUGCUCGAAGGCCUUCCAUUUCCCGCAGAAUAUUAUGUUAGAACAACACGAAGCAUGUCAAGUUACCAGAGAAAAGUAGCCCUGGAAGUUGUAAUUCAAAAUCAUUUGGGUGUCAAAAAGAAAGGGUAUAAAAAUAAAAGUAAGGAGGCAACUAAAAAUUUAAACCUUCCCAGUGAAGAAACUGACCAGAGUGGAAUUAGGACCUCUGACACAUGCACAAGACAACCAAAUUCAGGAAGUCCUCAGAAACGUCCCUCUUCAACUGAAGUCAACUCUCCCCUUGGGCCCCCUGAAGAUAACCUUUCCAGGAAGGCAGUUAUCCAGCCAUCUGGUAGGAGACACGGAAGAAAAACAAAGUCAAUCUGCACCCCUGUAUUAGAUGAUGGUGAACUCCUUUUGCCAACUUUUGGCACAUCAGGUGUUAAUAGAUCCAAGGAAGAAGUUGCCUUGAACAAAGAGCAGAAUGGAAAGGCAAUUAUUCAUGGGAAGAAAGAUGAUCGUCAAAAAGAGGACUCCCUUUCUUCCAGAAAUAAUGCUUAUUUGGCUUUGGAUUCUGCUGCAUUCAGGGCUUCAUUUCCUAAGAAUGAGAUGCUAAGUUUAAAGCAACUGUCCUCUGUUCUCAAAACCACAGAUUUUCAGUUACCUGAUGAAGACUUUGGACCUCUUAAGCUUAAGAAACUGAAGUCCCAAUCAGAAAAAUCAGUGGAGCCUUUUGUAUCAAAAAUGUAUGGGGAUAAGCUCCUUAAGGAGGGAAACUGUGUUAUUUUGGAAGAAAUGACACCUACACAAAUUGAUAUUGAAAUGGAGGACUUGGAAGAGGAAAUUCUUGUUCUCCCAGGAAAAGCACAACCUAAAACACCAAACCCAACAAGCCAGCCUCAGAAGAAGGGCCUUUCUUCAUCCAUAGUACUUUUCACUCCUUUCAAUACCGUCACCCCUGAGGAUAAUGACAGACUGAUGGCAGAUGUGUGUUCGCCCGCCUUCCCCAUCCUAGGCACUACUCCAGCUUUCGGCUCCCAAGCACGCUGUGAAAGAGUGUCCACAGAGGUGGUUGGAUCAACUUGCUCUGUACCCCAACUUCCUCACUUGAAAGACUGUGAUCGGAAGCAAGGCGACGGUUGGGCCAGCCCCUCAAAAUCAGAUGGCAGCCCGGUUGUGUCAGGUCGGGAAGGACAGCCUUCCUGUGGCAAUGAUUCUGGUUCCCAAGCAAAACUUCUUCCCACUGAGUCAGUCACUUCCGAAGAAAAUCAGCUGUGUGGAAAUAUGCACGUGGAGUCAUGGAAACAGUCCACUGAGCAGACUGAAGUAGGAGACCUUCCUGCUUGUAAUGGCUUAAUCCCAGGCCACCUACAAUUGGUUUCGAAGUUAAAGAAUCCUUCUGGUUCCUGUUCCGUGGACGUGAGUGCCAUGUGGUGGGAAAUAGCCGGUUUCAAAGAGCCAUGUAUCAUAACUGCCUGUGAAUACGUAGUUUCUCUUUGGAAACCUCUAGAUACUUGGCAGUGGGAAAAACUUUAUUCCUGGCACUUUACAGAGGUUCCAGUGUUACAGAUAGUUCCAGUGCCUGAUGUUUGUAACCUCGUGUGUGUGGCUUUGGGAAAUUUGGAAAUCAGGGAAAUCAGGUCAUUACUUUGUUCCUCUGAUGGUGGAUGUGAAAAGCAAGUGCUACUGAGUUCUGGAAAUAUAAAAGCUGUGCUUGGCCUGACAGAGAGGAGGCUAGUCAGUAGCAGUGGGACCCUUUGUGACCAACGAGUAGAAAUCAUGACAUUUGCAGAAGACGGAAGAAGCAAAGAAAAACAAUUUUUGAUGUCCCCUGAAGAGACUGUACUAACUUUUGCUGAGGUGCAAGGGGUGCAGGAAGCUCUGCUUGGGACCACUGUAAUGAACAACAUUGUUAUUUGGAAUUUAAAAACUGGUCAGCUCCUGAAAAAGAUGCACAUUGGUGAUUCCUACCAAGCUUCAGUCUGUCACAAAGCCUAUUCUGAAAUGGGGCUCCUGUUUGUUGUCCUGAGCCAUCCUUGUGCCAAAGAGAGUGAGCCGUUGGGAAGCCCGGUGUUUCAGCUGAUUGUGAUUAACCCUAAGACAACCCUGAGUGUGGGUGUGAUGCUCUACUGUCUUCCCCAAGGGCAGGCUGGAAGGCAAAAGUGGCACUUCUGCAAACGUUCUUAGCUCACCAAGAACCUCAGGACUGUCAUCUGCAAUUCAUGCUUACAUAUAGAACUCGUUUCUUUGGAUUUGGGGAGAGAACCGUAGUCGCUGGCCUAGAAAUUUAGGAUAAAGAGAACUAUUCAAUCAAGCAUUUCCUCCGUCACUCUUCAAACUCAUUUAUUUAGCAAACCUUGAUACCUAUCUGGUGCCAGUUCCGUAGAGGGCACUACUGUUUCUAAUCUCAUGGAAAUAGGAGGCAACUAGAGACUAAUGUUCAGCACACAAAAUGCCAUGAGGCUUGUAGUGUUUGGGAGCACACAGGAUGGAGGGAGCACCUUAACUGGCAGUGGAGGGUUAGGGAGAGACUGUCAAGGAAGACUUUGUGGAGUUUCAGAUGUGUCUGGAGUCAAUCACACAAAGUUGGGUGGGAGCCUGGGAUAAAAAAAAUACCAUUUGGUUCACUCAGAACUGAAGGUUGACUCUUCGAGAUGCUGGUGAUGUGGCAGUGAGGAAUAACAACUAAUUUAUAUUAAGCCCUUAACGUGUAUUAAGUAUUUUGCUGUACUCCUAUCAUAUUCCUAUUUUACUGAUGAAGUUAAAUAAUUUGCCCAGGGUCACAGAGCUCUUACUUUGUUAGAAUUCAGAUCCAGGCAACUGACUGCAGCGCCCCCGUCUCUAAAAGACAGACAGAUUCCUGUUUUACAAUGUGUACGUCUUGGUGGGAGAGCUAGCCACCAAGUAUGGAAACAGGAUCAUCUCAUGAGUGAAAAGUGCUAUGAAAAUAAAACCUAUAACAUGAUAGGGAGCAGAGUACACGUGUGCCCUACACUAGACGGGAGAUGAGGGAUGACCUUUCUAGGGAGGCGACGUGCCUGCAUGAUGGUAGAAUCCCAGCCAUGCUAAGUGAGCACACGGGAGAGGGAACAGCAGGAGCCAAGACACUGAGGUGGUCGGAGCAUGGCCCGCUUGAAGAGUGGGAGGCAGGCUGCUGAGAGCUGGGGUGCGGGUGGCACGGGACGCAUCAGACACAGCCGGGACCCGGACGCAUGGUAGUGUCCGGAACUACAGCACACCUGCCAGCUGCCCUGGGAUUUCAAAGAUGGGCAUCACAUUUCCAGGUAUUUCUGUUCUUGUUGCUUCGGGGAGCGUGACUUUGGCUUAACUCGAAAAACUCUUUUGAUAUAUGAUUUGAAUUGUUUCUUCUCUGCUUGCUAUUAGGUUCCUGGAAGGUGAUGUGAAAGAUCAUUUUGCAGCGGCAGUAUUGACUUCUGGAACAAUUGCCAUCUGGGACUUACUUCUGGGUCAUUGUACUGCCCUCCUCCCACCUAUCUCUGAC